UCGGCAGUUAACGGAACAGGUCACAAAAAGUGACCAAAAUUCAUUUUUUAAAAUUCGUCAAAAGGAGAUAAGGUGACAAAGGCAAGGAUUUAAAAAGCGUUAAAAUGGGAGCGAGUGAUAAUAAGCACGAUACAGACUCGAAUAAGGACAAUGAGUCGCAAAAGGCGAAACUUCCUUAUCCAAGGUCGAUCCCGUUCAUCAUCGCGAAUGAGUUUUGUGAGCGAUUCAACUUUUAUGGAAUGAGAACAAUUUUGGCGUUGUACUUAACACAAAAAUUGUCUUUUUCCGAGGAUACUGCAACGGUAAUUUUCCAUCUUUUCACUACGAUGGUCUAUUUUAUGUGCAUUUUUGGUGCCAUUAUCGCCGAUAGUUGGUUGGGAAAAUUCAAAACAAUUUUGUACUUGUCGAUUGUUUAUGUCACAGGAAGUUGUUUCCUCACCGUUGGCGCCAUCGAUCCAUGGAACAUGCCUCAACGAACUUUCACCUUUAUCGGACUUGCCUUGAUCGCCCUUGGCUCUGGCGGCAUCAAACCUUGCGUUUCAUCAUUUGGCGGCGAUCAAUUCAAAAUCCCGGAACAAGCGAAGCAACUUGCAUGGUUUUUCUCACUUUUCUACUUUUCCGUGAAUUCCGGAUCGUUCGUAUCAACGCUCUUGACACCCAUUUUGCGUGACGACGUCAGUUGCUUCGGCAACGAAGAUUGUUUCUCGCUGGGAUUUUUCGUGCCGGCAGCUUUGAUGGCAAUUUCGAUCGUUAUUUUCGUGGCGGGCUCAUUUUUGUACAUCCACAAACCGGGCGGCGGCAAUAUGAUGGUCAAGGUAUCGAAAUGCGUGUGGAGCGGCAUUCGUGGAAAGAUGAAGAAUGGCAAGACGAACCCGAAAGCCCAUUGGUUGGAUCACGCUGUCGACAAUUACGGGCAACAAUUGGUCGAUGAGACGAAAAUUCUGUUAAAUGUCCUUCUUUUGUACAUUCCGUUGCCCAUUUUUUGGACUUUGUUCGAUCAACAAGGCUCCCGAUGGACUUUCCAAGCUACUCGGAUGGAUGGCGAUCUCGGAUUUUACACAAUUAAGCCGGAUCAAGCGCAAGUCAUCAACCCCUUGCUCAUUUUGGUCUUUAUUCCGUUGUACGAAAUGAUUUUUUAUCCUCUCCUCAAUCUCGUGGGCAUCCGACGACCCUUGCAAAAACUCGUGAUGGGCGGCGUUCUUGCUGGCGUCGCUUUCUUCGUCUCAUUUUUGCUGGAAAUGCAAAUUAUGAAGUCCUAUGCCGUCGUUCCGCAGUCCGGAGAAGCUCAAUUACGCGUUUUUAACACGAUGAACUGCGAUUACAACCUAGCUGUCAACGGAAGUCAAUCGAUUCUCGUCAAAUCUCUCGAAAAAUGGGAGAAUUUGGACUACACAGGAGUCGAAAACGCUCAAUUACGUUACACGAUGACGUCAAAAACGACAGAUUGUCCCAAUUUUAGUGGAAAUUUCGAAAUUAAGAGUGCCGAAGCGACUUCUUAUUUCAUGCAUGGCACGGGAAAUGCUGCAAAAGUUCAAAAGUAUGUCGAUGAUCCGGAAAAAACGAGCAAUGGCAAUGCUAAAGUGCGAUUUUUGGCAAAUACAGCAACUAAAGUGUCGUUGCGAGAGAAAGGUGUGGUAAAAUUAGAAAGGGAAAGCGGCAAUUCGACAAUUGGGGAAGUGUCAAAUGGCGAAUAUGAACUUUUUGUGGGCGAAAGUAAGCAAGGGGAAGCGUUUGCUUUGAAAAUUGGAGGCGUUUAUACGAUUGCUGUGAAUAAAGUUGGAUCAAAAACGGAUUUCGAAAUUUUUGAAAUUACUCAACCAAACGGAGUAAAUAUGCUUUGGAUCAUCCCCCAAUACGUCGUUAUGACCUUGGGAGAAGUCAUGUAUUCCGUUACUGGAUUGCAAUUUUCCUUCAACGAAGCACCCCAAAGUAUGAAAUCCGUCCUCACCGGUUGCUGGAUGUUGACAAUUGCUGUUGGAAACUUAAUUAUUGUUUUUAUUGCUGAAGCCAAGAUGUUCAAUGAACAAUUAUGGGAAUUUUUGAUGUUUGCAAUCCUCAUGUGGGUCGAUAUGGCGCUCUUUGCUAUCCUUGCCUGGCGUUACAAGUCCAUCCCGAUCAAAUCUGACGAAGAUUACGAACGUGAACGUCUUGAAAUGGAAGAAAAAGAACACGGAUUGGAGAAAAUUCCCGUGAAAAUGGGCGAAAAUGACACCAACGAGGAAUAAUUUCUACUAAAU